GCGAGUUAACGCCCUCAGCACACCACAGGAGGAAGGUGCUCCAGCAGCGCCCAGUUACCCCCCAAGAGGGAGGAGGACAGCAGUACUACCCCAACAUUAGUGUGGCUGAGGUGAGGCAGCACUAGCGGGGCCAACAUGGUGGUGUCGUCGCCUACACUCUUCGCCAGAGCCAGGGGAGGUGAUCGGUACUGGAAGAGGAGAAGGAUUUUCUCCUUAAGUGCACAUUUCUUCGGCCGCAAAAAGAACUGCUAUACAGUUGCUGUUAGAUAUGUCAGCCGAGCUUUACGCUAUGGAGUUAGAGGACGUAAACUGAAGAAAUAUGACAACAAACAGCUAUGGGACACACGGCUUACUGCGGGGUGCCUCGAGCUGGGCACCAACUACACCAACAUGAAGGUAGUUAUGGAUGAUGUAGGUGUUGCGCUUGACAGAAAGGUUCUGCAGAACAUGGCAAUAUGGGAGCCACGUUCAUUUAGGGCUCUAGCAUCACUAACGAAGGCCAAAGAAGAAGAAAUGGGCCUCAAUUCUCUCUCCGGUCCAUCACUCUCUGGCGUUGUUACUCGUGGAAUGCUGUAGAAGCUUAACUACUACACUAUAAAAGGCAUUCUCCCAGAUUUUCAGAAGCCAUUGAAGUAUUAUUGAAUUAGAAACAGGUUUUGCACUUAAUUUCGUUAUAUUUUGCAUAUAUUUUGAUAAAUUCCAGUCCAUAUAUUUUGAAUUAUGUUUUGCAAUUUAAUUAUUUUUGUUGCAAAAUUAAUACAAUUGUUGCAACAAAUGGAGUAUCACUUACAAAUUAUUAUUGUCACUGUUUUGCACUGUUCAGUUUAAUACCAGAAAUGGGUUUUGAUUCAUGGCAUGUAAAUACUAUAGCUUGUACAUAAGUUAAUUACAGUAAUUGUAUUGUGAUCAUAAUGUGCUUUGUAAGGUACAGCCUUUGAGUUGAAAGUUUGAUCAGUUAAUAUACCGCAUUUAAAUAUAGAUUUUAGCAUGGUGUCAAGUAUCAUUGGAAAAUGAUACUUGAUACUUGUAUGACUUUGAAAUAAAAUUUAUCUCACAUUACCCAAAUUUCCUUAAUUAAUAAGGUGCUUUUUUGUUGUUGUAAAUUAUGCACUUUUAAGCACCAAUGAUAGAUCCUUCCCCUAAUCAAAAAUUUACAUUAAAUUGUUUAAUAAUAAUAAUUCCAUGUUCUGAUCUUGCUUACUCUCAAUACCUGUAAAGCAAUGUUCUUUUAUGCCCAAUUUCAAAUUAUUUCACAAGCCCCUUUUUAUGUCUUGUUCCUUUAUUCAGACACUCACAGAUGGUUCAGGAAUCUUUUGUACCUCGUGUAAAUUAUAAAAGGCAUGAGACUUUAAGCUGUUUUUCCCCCCCCAUAUGAUAACUUGAUAAGACUUUUUGAUUACAUUUGUAAAUAUAACCAGGUUAAACUAUAUUUGUUCUUGAACAACUGAAUAUCACCAAUGACAUGUUUUCUCAAGGGGAAUUUUAUUUUAUUUGUGGAUAAGUUUCUAAUGUUCAGAUGAUAAUAAAUAUGUUUAGCACUGAUUCCAUAGUGUGUUGCAAUAUAUGGUUCAUGGUAAUGUCACUAUAAUGAACACUACACUAUAUCAAAGCUCAAGAUAGUCUAGGAUGAAAAGAUUCAGAUUUUGCCGUACGAGUUAACAGAAAUAUUGAAUAAAAAUUUUCAGAUUUGUAAUAUAAAACCACAAAUUUUGUGUGGCAACACUUAAAGAUAACCUAAACUUAUCCAGAGACAUUUGAUAUUGGUUAGGAAAUUCUAGAAAUAUACAGUAUAAGGAAUUGUUUGACUUUUCCUGGUAAAUAAAAUAACCCAUUGUGAUACAGCAUUAAUAAUACAGAAUUUGUAAUUUUAUCUGAAUGCCAUGUGUCUACAUUUACUCAAGAUUUAACCAUCAAAAGCUUAAUAAGUUAUGAUACUUAACUGGUUUCAAGGAACACCUAUAAAUAGUACCUGGAUGUGAUGUAAACAGUUCUAUUGCAUUGUAAUUUUGUUGAAUUGUGUAGGAUUUUUUUUAUAUUUCUAUAGUUGCUAAUGAAAUUAUGUACAUAGAAACAAUGAGUAUAUGAAAUUAUAGUUGCACAA